AUGGCUUCACCCAUGCAACCCAUUCUUGAGAGCUUUAUGGCUCUCCGCGAUAACUCAAGCCGGCGAGCAGUACUCAACGAAAUCAUUGAUAACCUAAGCCCUUAUGAGAUACGAGAAGUGAAAAGUCGAGUCGAAACUGUGACAUUCCAAUGUGAUUUGCUUGAUAAACUGCCUCUGGAAAUAGUGGCUAUGGUAGCAGAGUACUUGGAUCUAGUCGAUCUUAUUCUCCUGCAAAGAGUCUCCAAGCGAUGGCGCCAAUUGCUCUCUUCAACUAUCGUCGUCACAUCUGCAAUCAGACACCACAUGGGGAAAAAUGCAAUCAAGCUUGAUUCCAGCCCUACAUAUCUCAAUGCGCUGAUUAGAAAAAGGAUUCGAGCAGAAAGGGGUCUUCCUGCUGUUGUGGCCACAAUACCCAACAACUUGCCUCUCAAUUCGUAUGACGACCUGAAUAGGGACAUCAUCAGCUGUUUCAAUGGAGUAUGCGCGUGGAUCGAAGAGUCCACAGAUCGAACUACUAUCUUCAUGGUGCAUCUACCCACCGGCAAAAACAGAACCCUCACAACAGCGAAUCGAGAGGAAUUUACUCAUGUCGAGGUCUCGGACACCUUGAUCUCAGCAACUUCUGUUCGGGGGUAUUGUCAUGUCUGGAAUAUGCCCAAAGAACAGUACAAGUCCUUUCGCAUCCCUUCGCUGCAAUUUGUUCAUUUCAUAACCAUCGGAUCCAAGGUCGCGCUGAGCUAUGCGGACUUUGUAGUCCACUUCUGUUUUGACUCUGGAGUUGCCCGUUCCAUCGAAAUUGGGCUGUUCAUUGUUUUCUUGUCAGUACAUCCAGAGGAAGAUGAAUUCUCCGUCCUUUGCAUCCGCAAAAGAUAUGGCGACAAUAUUGAGCCCUGGGGAAGUGAUGCCUUGCUUUACGAAGACCGCUGUCUGCGGCUCCAGAAGUUCUCUAUCCAUGAGAAUAAGUUUGUCUGCAUCUGGAGGAAAUUUCGAGGCCUUCCUUUGAAGGUUGAGGACUCAUGGGAGAUUCAACGCGAAGCAGAAAAUGUGACGCCAUACAGAGAAUGCCUGCGCCCCGGCGAAAGCUCUGCUUUGAUGACACAUUGUUUAACUGAAGCUUUUGUUAAUAUGUUUUCUCUUUCACUCGAUGCAGAUGGCCGGAUUGCUGUGCAUUUCCACCCCCGACAGCUCGACUUCAAGAAUCAUCUCGCCAAUCUAGACUAUUCAGCCCGGGGUCCGGGUUUGAUUUAUUGUUUUGAGGACCUCAAGUUCUCAACGGAUACUAAAUUGUGUAUUGGCUAUGAAUUCCCAGAGCUCUCACAUGUCUACCACGCUAAGGGAUAUCAAUUCAAAUCCAAACACACAGUAGUUUUUCCGAAUAACCGACCAUGCACCUCUAUUUUGGGUGAUGGAGACUUCGUUAUCUUCCCUUCGGAUAACAAAGUCUGGAUCUGGUGUUUUGAUGAGGCAUGGCUCCCCUCCGGUAUCCCUGAUAUGAGGAUUGCAACUUGGUGA